AUGAUAUUUUUGCUGCUGAGCAUUCUGCUAGAGAAAGUACUUGCGGCUGCAGCUAUAGCUCUGGACCCGUGCUCUGCCUACAUCAGCCUGAACGAGCCCUGGAGGAACACAGACUACCACGUCAAUCAGUCCAGAGGCGUGCCCCUGUGCGACAGCCACGUCUCUGGAGAGUGGUACCGCUUCACUGGCAUGGCCGGCGACGCCAUGCCCACCUUCUGCAUCUCUGAGAAUCACUGUGGCACCCACGCUCCCGUCUGGCUCAACGGCAGCCACCCCCAGCCCUCUGACGGCAUCGUCACCCUGCCUGUGUGUGCCAGCUUCAAUGACAACUGCUGCCAGUGGAACGCCAGCGUGGAUGUGAAGGCCUGCACUGGGGGCUACUAUGUGUACCGUCUGCCCCGACCCUCUGUCUGCUUCCACGUUUACUGUGGACAUUUCUAUGACAUCUGCGAUGAGGUGGAGUGCAGAGGUCCCCCGUGUCCUGAGUCUGAGUGUCGCUGUGCCCCUGGAACCGUCCUGGGACCUGACAAACAGACGUGCCUGGAUGUUAAUGAGUGUGAAAAGGGGAAUGGCGGAUGUGCGGAGGUGUGUGUCAACACCAAGGGCUCCAGGCGUUGUGAGUGUGGGCCGGGCCGAGUGCUGGACGAGGACGGACACAACUGCAGAGAGAUAGCAGGCUGCCACGUUAACAAUGGAGGCUGCAGCCACGGCUGCUCUUCGCUGACGGAUUCCUAUCAGUGCCGCUGUCCCCGAGGGCUGGAACUGGGAGAAGACAAACGCACGUGCCAAGUGCCAGUCCAGUGUGAUUCAAGCUCUAUAAAAGUGUCAGUCCCUAAGGACCUAGUAGGAGGGCUGGAUCUCUUCCUGUCCAACUCCUCUUGCCGCGGUGUGUCCAACGGCACACACAUCAAUCUCAGCUUCAGCCUUAAGACCUGCGGCACUGUGGUGGAGGUGACUGAUGACAAGAUUGUGGGGACCAACCUGGUGACGGGCCUCCCCAGGACCAGCCCGGGCAGCAGCAGGGACAUGAUUGUUCGCACCAGCAAGCUGCUGCUCCCAAUCACCUGUGAGUUUCCCAGGGAGUACCAGGUGUCGGACGGGUACCAGGCCAGCCAGCGCAGUUCUGCCCUGGAGCUGGCAGGCCACAGUGAAGGGGUCUUCCCUUUCUCCCUGGAGCUCUUCAAGAGCGCUGAGUUCUCUGAGACCUACCGUGCUCCUCCCCAGCUCCGCCUGGAUGACUCCUUGUUCUUUGGGGUCGAGCCGAGGGAGAAAGUCGAAGGCCUUGCUGCCCUGGUGGAGAGCUGCUUCGCUACACCGAGCCCCAAACCUGACCAGGCCCUUAAAUAUUUCCUCAUCAAAGACGGGUGCAUCUCUGAUGAAACGGUAAAGCAGUACUCAUCCAAGGACCAACUAUCCAAACACUACCAGGUUCCUGUCUUCAAGUUCAUUGGCAAGGACAACCGAGAAGUGUUCCUCCAUUGCCGUGUGUUAGUAUGUGGGGCAGGAGACUCCCAGUGUGCUCAGCACUGUCGAGGACGUGUCCGCAGGGAGCUUCAGGCCAGAGAUCCAGUGGACCAGCGGGUGCUAAGUGGAGGUCCCAUCUUUAUUCUGCCUGAGCUGCAGCCAGCAGAACAAAAAGCCAAUGAGACACCGUGA